GACUUUUAUUACCUUUUCUUGUUACAACUCUCUCUCUACCCACAAAACUUGCAAGUCAUAAAAAAAAAAAAGAAAAAAAAAGAAGAAACAAAGAGAGUUUUAGAGAGAGAGAGAGAUGACAGGAGAGAAAAACAACAACUCCGGGGAGUCUGAGGCUGUGGCCGGCGAGAAUGUUGUCAGUUCUGAGCAGCCUUCUGAUGGAGUUGAGGAGAAAGAGAGAGAUGGGGUUGCUGAAGGGGCUGGCGAGCAAGAAGGGAAUGCCAGAGAGAAAGAGGAUGAAGAGAAAAUCGAAGAAGGGGAGGGUGAAGAGGAAGUAGCCGAUGCUGAAAAACCCAAACUUGCUGAAGGCUUUUAUGAGAUUGAGACUAUAAGAAGAAAGAGGAUCAGAAAGGGCAAAGCUCAGUAUCUAAUCAAAUGGCGAGGCUGGCCGGAGAGUGCAAACACAUGGGAACCUGUGGAGAAUCUAAUGACGUGCUACGAUGUUAUUGAUGCAUAUGAAGAGAGCUUGCAGUCAGGGAAACAACGAUCCACACGUAAGCGUAAGCGGAAGCAAGGGGUUACUCACACUCAAAUCAAAAGAAAGCAGCAGAAACAACAUUCCCCUGCAGAUGGCACAUCUGAUGUGCCUGCAGUGGAGGUUAGGAUAAUUGAGGAACCUGUAUCUUCACCUCCUUUGGCUAGCUUGAAUGCGACUGAUCAUGUGGAUAGUAAUGGUAGUGGUUUGAAUAAUAACAAUGUGGAUGAAGUGGCGAAUGGAAAUGAUUUGAUGUUGGAUUUCUCUGAAAAAGAAGUUGAAGAGCAAAACGAAUCGGGUUUGAAGCUUAGUGAACUAAAGGGAGCGAUGGCAACAAAAGAAACCUCUGUGGAUAGUAAUGGUAAUGGUUUGAAUAAUAACAAUGUGGAUGAAGUGGGGAAUGGCAAUGAUUUGAUGUUGGAUUCCUCUGAAAAAGAAGUUGGAGAGCAAAACGAAUUGGGUGUGACACUUAGUGAACUAAAGGGAACGAUGGCAACAAAAGAGACCUCUGUGGAUAGAUCCGGCAAUGGCUUCCCAAGUGGAUUUUCAACGGCGAAUGAAACAGAAUCGCUUCAGUCUGGUCGCCAUACAGGAGCUAAAAGGAGGAAGCCUGCUGUUGUUCGGAGGUUUAAACAGGUCACUACUUCAGGUGUAGUGAAUAAUCCCCAAGAUGCUGUAGCAAGGGGCCCUUUGGUUGCAUUCAUGCAGGAAGAAAUUCACGAUCAUGGAUGUGUGGGCAAUGCUUUUGGUUGCAAUAAUAAGUGCGAUAAUUCCAAAGAUGCAUAUGUCAUAACAGAAAUUAUUAAGCCCAUGAGCUAUUCAGCAUCUAUUACAUCAAAUGACGUGCAGGAUGUGUUUGUGGCCUUUCUAGUUAAGAGGUCUGAUGGAACGGAGGUUAUGGUGGAUAACAAGUUUCUGAAGACGAAUAAUCCACUUUUGCUGAUAAACUUUUACGAGAAGCAUCUCCGAUAUCAUCCUACUGAAUGAGUGGGCUGCGGUGAAGGUGGAACUGUUCUAGCUAGACUUGUCUCCUAUGUAUAGGGUUUUGAAAUUUUGUAGCAACAGGCUGUAGGUAUUAAACCUGUUAGAUAUUUAUUAGGGAGAUCAGGAAAUCGAUAGAGUUAACGCUGCAUAUUAUGGGAAACCCUGCAUUAGCUUCAGCUGUUUUUGUCCAAAAGAAAACUAGGAGUUUAAAGAUUUAUCCGACUAUCAGCCAAUGUAUGCAAUGUAAAUUAUGAUAAUAUUCUUUUGACAUCUUAGGCAAAACCAUUACAGGUUCUGUAGUUCAAUAGCUUCAGAAUGCAGAUAUCCACAAAUGUUUCUGAGUUUGUGGAAAUGCUCUGCUGGUGGCUAUAAUAUGGUAUGGUAACACCUUUUGUUAGAUGAACAGAAGGCAGAAUGAUUUUAAUAUAGCUGGUGGACCUUGUUAAAUGUUGGAUCUUUGCUUUGCUCUCCUAUUUUUCUCAAUUGAAAAAACAUGUUAUGCAUGAGCUCA